ACAAUUCCCAAUUUUUUUUGUGUGUUAGAAAAAUCUUCUUCUGAUUCAAAGUCAAUUGAUUGUGUAAAAUCUGGGGUUUUGUUUUGAUUCAAAUCCAAGUUUCGAUCUUCGAUUUCUCCACCCUAAUAAAACCCUAAUUUUUCUAUUUUAAAGAAAAAAAUGGUGGAUUCGGGUUUUCCUCCCAAGAUGUAUUCGGGUGUUCAAUUCGCUCUCGUUGGAUUCAAUCCCAUCCAUGGAAACUCGUUACGGUCGAAGCUUGUGAGUAAUGGUGGUGUUGAAGUUGGCCAAUACUCUCAAUCCUGUACUCACCUCAUCGUAGAUAAGCUUGUCUAUGAUGAUCCGAUUUGCGUUGCUGCUCGAAACAGCGGGAAGGUGGUUGUCACUGGGUCAUGGGUUGAUCACACCUUCGUCAUUGGAAUGCUUGUUAAUGCAAAUUCGUUAUUGUUUAGGCCUCUUAGAGAUUUGAAUGGGAUUCCAGGGUCCAAAACCUUAGUUGUGUGCUUGACUGGCUACCAAGGUCAAGAUAGAGAAGACAUUAUGACAAUGGUUGGUUUGAUCGGUGGGCAGUUCUCAAAGCCGUUGGUUGCUAACCGAGUCACCCAUCUUAUAUGCUACAAGUUUGAGGGAGAAAAGUAUGAGCUAGCCAAGCGGAUUAAGAGGAUUAAACUUGUGAACCACCGCUGGUUAGAGGACUGCUUAAAGAAUUGGAAGCUCCUUCCUGAAGUUGAUUACGAGAUAAGUGGCUAUGAGUUGGAUUUAAUGGAGGCUUCAGCUAGGGAUUCUGAGGACGAAGCAGAAGAUGCUUCUGUGAAGCGUGCAAACAACAGCCCUCUUGGUCUUAGGGUCGGUGUCGUGGCUGCAGUUGAUAUGUCUAAGCCGGGAGGAAAAGAUAUCCCUCUUGUUCGAACAAAUUCAGGCGCACAGGAAGGUUCAUCAUUAUGUAAUACGUCCAAAGACAAUUGGGUAACUCCUAAAAAGACGGACAGACCUUUUGAAGCCAUGGUCUCUACUGAUCCUCAGCAACAUAAUUACCAGAGAGAAAGCACAUUUCAGGAUACUUCCAAUUAUGUGUCCCCCGUUAGGGUUGCAAACAAGACUCCUGAGCAAGGGAUAAGCAUAAUGGAGACUGAUGGCUCGACGUCUAUUAACAGGAGUAUCAGAAGGCAUUCUUCUCUAGCCACUUAUUCAAGGAAAACACUUCAGAGAUCGCCAGAGACAGAUACUUUGGGAAAAGAGUCAAGUGGCCAAAACGGUACCCUGAGAAUGGAUGACAAGGGCCUAAAAGCUUCGACUGCCUUUAAUAUCUCUGCAUCAAAAUCUGGUUCUUCCGUUGAAAGAACAUCACUCUUUGACGAUCUUGACAAGAUUGAUAUGUUGCAUGGGGAGGAGUUCCCUCCGAUGAUGCCACAGCCGAAAUUUACAGAUGGAUCUGUCAGUAGGAAAGAUUCACAGAAAGUACACAACAGUGAGACAAGUAUUCCACCACCGACCAGUUUGUUAUUGCAGGAAUUAAGACCAAGUUCGCCUAACGAAAACCUUAGGCCUGUGAUGAGCAUUAGUGAUCCAACUGAAAGUGAGGAAACUGGCCAUAAAUCACCCGCGAGUGAGUUAAACACUAAACUGUUGAGCUCAAAUGUGGUACCCGUGGUUGAUGCCCUUUCAACUGCAGAGAAUAUCAUUUCAAAUUGUGCACGGGAUGAAAUACCGGAGAGAUCAUGGACUGAGACAAUGACAGGAAAUGUCUUAUUGCAGGAACCAAGAUCAGGCUCACCUAAGCAAAACCUUAGGGUUGUGCCAAACCUCAGUGACCACACCGAAAGCAGGGAAGCUGCACAUAAGUUGGAUCUGAGUGAUUCAGCAGCUAGGUUGUUCAAUUCAGGUGUUGUUCCCAUGGAAGCUGAUAUUAGGACUCCAGAAAAUUCUACUAUGAAGGGUGCAUUGGAUGAAGUACCUGAAAUAUCUGUAACUGAGCCUGUGAUGAGGAGAUCUAGCACCUCUCCUGGGUCGGGUUUAAUCGGAAUGAAAGACAAGCAAGAAACAGAGCUGCCCAAGAAGAAAGCAGCUCCAAAAAAGAGCCUGGGCACCAGAGGCAGGAAAAAGAACCCCAUUAACCAAAAGGGAUCGAUAUACUUGAGCGAACCUACCCCAAAGGACGAGCGCAAUGAUUGUCUAAACAAAGGAAAAGUUUCAGCGCCAGUAACAGGUAAUAGCAAUCAGAAGGAGAUAUCAAGCCCUGUCCUUAAUACUGAGGUCGUACCAGAAAUGGCAAAACAUAUUGACUCAGAGACUGAAGCCCUCCAGGGAAUCGACUCUGUAGAUAAUAAAUCUUUAGCGCCAGAGGAGAAAGACCAUCUUGUGUUGGAUCUGAUGGUGAACCAAGAUAAGCUGCAGGCUAAGACCCCAGAGCAAGCUGAUGCAGAGGUGGAAAUUACGGUGCUAGAACGGGAGCUUAAUGAUGUUCCAACUGAAGAUCCAAGUGAGGGUGCAUUACAAUUAGAAGUUGAUAAGAAUACAAGUAAACGCAAAAGGGAGGCUGCUGUAGGUAAAGAUAGCCUUCAAAGUGGGAAGAAAGGAAGUUCUUCUACAGGCAAAGUAGGAAAAUCCAGUGUCAAGAAGACCAAAAAAUCUAGAAAAGAACAUGAUACCAAAGCAAACAGUACUCUGACGAAAGAUAUAGGGGAUAAAUCUGCGGAUGGGAAGGAGACCUUAGCAUUUGAACAUAAAACUGUGAAGGUCAGUUCUGGUGGAGACCAAAGCCCUGUUGCGGGAGAAACAUUAGCAAGAAAGGAAGCUGCCCCUAAAGAUCCAAGCGAUGCUGCAGUGCAAUUAGAGGUUGAUACAAAUAAAGUUAAACGCAGAAAGCAGGCCACUGUAGAAGAAAAUUGGCUUCAAACACCUACUGUCAAAAAGGCGAAAAUUUCUAAAAAAGAAGAUGGCGCCAAAGCAAAGAAUACUGUUAUGAAAGAUAUAUGGAUUCACUCUGCAGAAGCGAAAGAGAAUGUAGCAGUAGAUGAGAAAUCUGGAGAUGUCAGUUCUGAUGGAGCUCAAAGCCUGGUUGCGGGGAAAUCGUUAGCUAAAAAAGAGGCUGCAGCUAAGGAUCCAGGUAAUGCUGCGAUGCAAUUAGAGUUUGAUAAUAAUAAAUGUAAACACGGAAAUGAGGGAAUUGUAGAAAGAAGUAGCCUUCAAAGUGGAAAGAAAGGAAGGACUUCGACAGUUGAAGUAGGGAAAUCCAGUGUCCAGAAGACUAUAAAAUCUAAAAAACGAAGUGGCGCCAAAGCAACCGACACUGUGAUGAAAGAUAUAGGGGAUAACUCUGCAAAAGAGAAGGAGAACAUUGCAGUGGAUAAUAAAUCUAGAAAGGUGGGUUCUGGUGGAGACCAAAGCCCGGUUUCAGGAAAACCAUUAGCAAAAAAGAAAGUUGCAAAGUCAGCUAAAACAGGUACAAAGGCGGAUAAAGAGUCUAAGCAGCUCAGGGUUAAUCCCUUGGCUAGUAGAAAAGUCUUACAGGACCAAGAACAUGAGCCGAAGUUUUUUAUUGUCAGUGGUCCUAGGUCCCAGAGAAACGAAUACCAGCAGAUCAUUAAGCGUUUAAAAGGAAAAUGUUGCCGGGAUUCUCAUCAGUGGUCUUAUCAAGCAACACAUUUCAUUGCUCCUGAAAUCCGUAGGACCGAAAAGUUUUUCGCUGCUGCUGCAUCUGGAAGUUGGAUUCUGAAGACUGACUAUGUGGCUGAUUCAAAGGAAGCUGGGAAACUAUUACAAGAGGAGCCUUAUGAAUGGCACAGUACUGGUCUUAGUGCUGAUGGUGCGAUAAACCUCGAGUCCCCAAGGAAAUGGCGGCUCGUCAGGGAGCAAACAGGACAUGGUGCUUUAUAUGGACUGCGCAUUGUUGUAUACGGUGACUGCACCAUCCCUUCUUUGGAUACACUAAAGCGAGCCGUGAAAGCUGGGGAUGGUACUAUACUAGCAACGGCGCCUCCUUACACGCGUUUCUUGAAUCAGAACACGGAUUUCGCGUUGAUAAGCCCUGGGAUGCCGCGGGACGAUGUCUGGAUCCAAGAGUUUAUACGCCACGAAAUCCCGUGUGUCCUCUCCGAUUACCUGGUGGAGUACGUUUGUAAACCCGGAUAUGCACUUGACAAGCAUGUGCUCUACAACACGAACUCAUGGGCAGAAAGGUCGUUUAACAAGAUGCAGCGUUGAGCAGAUGUGUGUGUGUACCAUUAACUUAAAGUAGAUGAAUAAAUUUCCAAAAUUAUC